AUGCCACCUGGUGCUGACGGCUCGUCGAAGGGCAAAGCUGAGGAGACCAGGGUGGCAGUCGGUUCUCGGAUGGUAAAAUUGGACUUUAAAAAGGGAAACGGUCAAGAUGAAGAACUCUCCUUCAGAAGUUAUUUGCUCGAACAGAGUGAUGGACUCAUCAAAGAGAUACGGUUUUCUCCCAAUGAUCACUGUUACGUUGUUUUCUACAUUCAAGACACAAUGUGGACACCAAAUGUCGAACAUAUUGCCGAUAAAUUAAUGGGUAAACGGAUAGAGUAUCUCAAAACAAUUAUAAACGCUUACCAAAAGAAUCGACUCAAUUAUACUCGGAAUUUUGCGCUCAAUUACAUCAAUCAAUGUCUUGAUACUGGUUUUGGCUUGGAAUAUUUCGAAUUUGAGAAUUUCUCCCGUGCAAACGAAUGGGCGCAGCCAAGAAAAUGGAAACAAGGAGAUGUUAUUAGAGUUGAGAAUAGAAUUAAAAUCACUAGAAAGGAAUUGAAUGAGGAUGCGCUACACGUUUAUGGUAAAGAUGACUGGUUGUUCAGUCAUUAUCUUUACUCUCCCAAAAAAAUGGGAUUAGCGGAAAAACACAGCCGUUCAGCUCGGCAACGUCUUCUGUUUGGAGGCCCAAUCAAAAAGGAGGAUAACUGGGAGUUCGACAAAUACAUGAACGAAAAUGUUCGUCUUGAAAAACUAAACCCAGUUGAAGAGUACGCCCCGAGCGGUAAAGAAAAAAUUUGUCAUUUUAUGGGACAACAUGAGAAUGGACUCUGUCGAGAGUUUAGAAUUCGUUACACUGACGAAAUGAUUAAUUAUGAUUGGCCAGAAUGGGAUGUUCUUCACGACACCGUCAAGGCAAUGGUUCUGCGUAGAAAAGAAAAAUCAGAACAUGCACUAAUGUGGAGUUUUAUAACGGAGCAGAUCAACAUUGGGAAUGCUAAGUACCUCUAUGCAUUGCUCAGGCAAGGUCCAGGAGCUGUUGCUCGUUUCGAAAAAGAAAAUACGGCAGAGUACUUGGAUGUAUGGAAUCGUCCCGGGUCAAUUGAAAAAUUUGGAAGAUUUUUCAUUCAAACGUUUCAUUCUGAGGUUGAUAAUCCAGUCUCGAAGACCGAAAAAGAACCGUCACAUCAAUCUGGGCUUGACUUUAUCAAAAAGUUCCAAAAAGAUGAUUCUUCUAACAAUGAUUCUCCAGAUACCAAAUUCUCUUCUCGUCCGUUCACUGAAGAUGAUCUCUUUCCAGGGAAGUGUUCUGGGUCUGGAAACGUAAAGACAUCCGAGGCAGAGCAAGGUGGAGUGUCGAAAGCUUUCGAGCAAACUGAAGAUGUCCAGUGUGAGCAUUCUGCUGAAGAAAGUUCCUCACGUCCGGAACAAGUUCUCAAGAAAGAGGCUCCAAAGGCUGUCGUUAUUGGAAAAAUUGCAAAGACGCGUCAAGGAGUUUCAGAGCCAGUGGUCGAUACUUCAAAAGCUUUGAAGAUGGAAAUGACUGACAAGUUGGCCGAAAGUUUCCCUCCUCUUCAGCCCUCUCCAGCUGCUGCCAAGCCCAAGACUGAGGUUUCCAAAGAUGUGGUCAUGAUUAAGAAAGCUGAAGAAGUGGAGCCAGCCGUGUUGACAGCCAAACCAGUGCUCUCGUACGCCAAGGUUGCUGAGAAAGCUGUAAAGCCAGACAUGGAUAGUCGAGGUGCUACUAACAAGCCUGCAGUCAACGUUUCUACUCCAUCAGAGUCUCUGAAAGGAGGAAGUAGUGCAAGGACAAGUUUCUCGGAAGAUGAAUCUCAAUGGAAGCAAGUCGGUUCAAAAACCAAUGAAAGUGUACAGCAAAGAUUUGCUCCAAGAAAUGAUGGACAUCAACAGGAUGGCUCAAACUCGUCUGACAGAAUUGGAAGUUGGUCUGGUCAUCGAUCUGGUCGUAGGAAACAGCAAGGUGAUGCUUAUUCUUGCGGACACGGUUCUCAGAAUGGGAAGGAUCAUCAAAACAAUCAAAAUGUAACCGAAAUGAAGGAGACCAAACAGAAGCAGGCGUCAGUUCAACUAAAUGUGAUGAAAGAUAAAUCUAGUGCCGCACAGAUCCACCAGUUCUCACUACCAGGAAGGAAAACAAACAUUCUGACAUCUGAGGGAUCUAGAGAAUCGAAUGAGUCUGGAAGUAGUGCAAGCACGAAAUUUGGACAUUCACAGAAACUGGCAGGACAUGAAAAGAAAUUUGGAGGGAAAAACGGCAAGAAUGCUACAACCAUUGAUGCUUCAACUACCUCUGUCAAUAAGAAAAAUGGAAAAGAGGGUCCCUCACAACCACCUAAUGCUGACAAGAAUAAAUCUAAUGAGAAGAAGACUCAACAAAGCUUACCAGAUGCUCAGCAGAAACAAUCUGAUGACUCAAGACCUUCUGCCGAAGCCGUAUCCCAAAAUGAGCAGCCAUCCACAUCUUCGCCAACCGCAGAGGAGAAGAAUACAAAAGGAAAAAACGCUGCUAAUAGUUUGCCGGCUUCUUCGAAGAAAAAUGCAAAAUCUGGAACUAAUCAGUCGCCCAAGUCUCAGCCAGUUGCGGAGAAGACGAAGAAAGACGAAAUCAAGCCUUCUCAAAACCUUCCAACUACUCAGAAAAAAACAGUUCUGACUUCCCUUGAAUCCGAAGAAUCAGAUGUUCCUGACAGCACCGUUGGGGAAUCAAAUGCGCAGUUGAAGCGAACUGAUGAUGCUCCACCCCCAAACCCAGUGGUCAAAGAUCAGAAGAAGUCAACAUCAUCAGACGUUGUCAAAAAUGGAAAGGACAAGAAAAGCGCUAAUGAGAUGGAAAAAUUUGAUCCUGAUACAAAGAGAACCGGAUCACAAAGCUCGGAAGACUCUUCAUCCGCUUCACAGGAAAGUGAUGGACCUCCAAAACAGACAAAAACCGCUAUCAGGAAAGCCAAAAAAGCAGCAAAUCAGGCUGCAGCUCAAGCUCGUCUUGCCGCAAUGAAGGUUGCGUCGCAACAGAGAUUGAUACCUGUGGAGCCAGCAGUCGAGGAAGCGGAGGAGCCAAAAGCGGAGGAGCAGCCUCUAGUAGAGGUUAAAACAAAAACAUCUCAAAGUAUGGAUCAAAUCAAAAUGUGGGCUAAGGAUGGAAAAUUUAUUGAGGCAGCCGUUGAGUCGACUAUCGAAAAUCAAGACGUUCGACUAUCAAAAUCUCAAAAAAAGAGACAACGCCGACGAGAACGUCUGAAUUAUGAAGAUGAAGAUGAAGCUGUGAAGAAUAGCGUUCCGAUGACCACCAUUGAGAUGCAUUUCGCCGAUGACAUUGGCACACAGCUCGUCAAGAACGCAAUCUUUAUCAAGAUGACGGAUUCUAACGGGUGCUCCACAUCGAUUGUCCCAGAAGUCGUCCAGCCUGCCGUUCGUCUUGAUUCCGAAGAGCCGAGCAAUGAGCAUGUGAUUGUCCAUGACUAUCGUCCGGGCGUGCGAUCUGAUGAGGAUGGAGCAGAAGGCUUUCCACCACCAGCUGAUCCGGUUCAAAUUGGAGCAGGUCAACGACAGGUUGCUUCAGAUUUGUCGGUUCGCGAGGUUUUGAUGGCCAAUCCAGAAAAGCCCUUUGUCGAGAGAUCUUCACAUCAAGGAUUCCAUGAUAUGUAUCGUCGAUUGAAAUUCCUCGUCGACGGCCAUACAAACAUGGCCAUGCACAACGAAUUCCAAAAGCGGGCCAUGCAAAAGAGAUUGGCCAAAUUUGAGAAGGCUUAUCUCUUCCGAAAGAGAGUGGCCAAGAUGGCUCUCCAUAUUUUGGACAUUGAUGACGGUGCCGAGCUGACUGGCCUUGGAGAGACUAGUGUUGUCAAUCUACUUCUCAAAUUCAUUGAGGAACCUCUUGACAAUGAGAACGGUCAAGAUCUAAUUGGAAGUCAAAUUGACCAUAUUACCAAACACGUUGGACUUCCAGGAUCCCAAGAGUCGCUUAUCAUUCAUCAAGGGCUGAGAUAUUUGGAUCUGAGAUGUUGUGAGGUUGAACAAUGCGACCCAUUGUACCCAAAACUCAAUAAGAUCUGCGACGCUGUCUGUAGAUCAAUGAAGGAUCAAGAAGGCCUCGGAAAAAUCAUUCAAGGAAAGGCCAACUUCAAUGGAUACAUGGACUAUUAA